AUGGCGGGGACCGAAGGCAUCGCAGCAGAUGCAGUUUCAACAACCUAUGCAUCUCCAGCAAGAAGUUUAGGAGAUCCAGGAAUCACACCGUUGUCUCCUUCCCAUAUUGCGAAGGACUCCGAUACCAACGAUGCCGAGGAGCAGACAUUUCUUGUGGUGGUGGCUGUUGACUUUGGCACAACUUCCAGUGGUUAUGCUUACAGCUUCACCAAGGAACCCGAAUGUAUUCAUGUAAUGAGGCGAUGGGAAGGAGGAGAUCCUGGUGUGGCUAACCAGAAGACACCAACAACUAUUCUCUUGACCCCAGAACGAAAGUUCCACAGUUUUGGUUAUGCGGCAAGAGAUUUCUAUCAUGACCUAGAUCCCAAUGAAUCAAAACACUGGCUAUAUUUUGAAAAAUUUAAGAUGAAGCUCCAUACAACUAGUAACCUCACUUUGGAAACUGACUUGUCAGCAGCAAAUGGCAAGAAAGUCAAGGCCGUUGAAAUAUUUGCGUACGCUCUGCAGUACUUUAAGGAACAAGCAUUAAAGGAACUGAGUGAUCAAGCUGGGUCAGAGUUUGAAAAUUCUGAUGUGCGAUGGGUCAUCACGGUGCCUGCCAUCUGGAAGCAGCCUGCAAAGCAGUUUAUGAGGCAAGCUGCCUACAAGGCAGGCAUGGCAUCCCCAGAGAUUCCUGAACAACUGAUAAUUGCCUUGGAACCAGAAGCUGCAUCAAUUUAUUGCAGAAAGCUCCGUCUUCAUCAGAUGAUAGACCUAAGCAGUAGAGCACCUGUCAAUGGCUACACUCCCAGUGAAACAGUUGGCUCAGGUUUUACACCAGCAAAAGAACACAUUCGACGAAAUCGACAGAGCCGCACCUUUUUGGUUGAAAACGUCAUUGGAGAAAUCUGGUCCGAGUUGGAGGAAGGUGACCGUUACAUAGUUGUGGAUGGGGGAGGAGGAACAGUUGACGUUACUGUGCACCAGAUCAGGUUACCAGAAGGACACCUGAAGGAACUAUACAAGGCAACAGGAGGGCCAUGUGGCUCUUUAGGUGUAGAUUAUGAAUUUGAAAAACUUCUGUGCAAAAUAUUUGGUGAAGAUUUUAUUGAACAAUUUAAAAUCAAGCGACCUGCUGCCUGGGUUGAUCUGAUGAUAGCGUUUGAGUCUCGCAAGAGAGCAGCGGCUCCAGAUCGGACAAAUCCACUGAAUAUCACCCUGCCUUUUUCUUUCAUUGACUACUACAAGAAGUUUCGAGGUCACAGUGUAGAACAUGCCUUAAGGAAAAGCAAUGUGGAUUUUGUGAAGUGGUCCUCCCAAGGAAUGCUGAGAAUGAGUCCUGAUGCAAUGAAUGCCCUCUUCAAACCUACAAUUGACCAAAUUAUAGAACAUCUCAGUGAGAUUUUUGGAAAACCUGAACUGAUAAAUGUAAAGUUCCUAUUCCUUGUGGGUGGAUUUGCAGAAGCCCCACUACUACAACAAGCUGUCCAGAAUGCUUUUGGCUCAAAAUGCCGAAUCAUCAUCCCUCAAGAUGUCGGGCUCACCAUCCUCAAAGGAGCAGUCCUCUUUGGUCUGGAUCCUGCUGUCAUUAAAGUGCGCCGUUCCCCCUUGACCUACGGGGUGGGAGUCCUGAAUCGUUACGUGGAAGGGAAGCACCCGACUGAAAAGUUGCUAGUUAAAGACGGCACCCGUUGGUGCACUGACGUUUUCGACAAGUUUAUCUCAGCUGACCAGUCCGUGGCGCUUGGGGAGACCGUCUCCCGCAGCUAUACCCCUGCCAAGCCUUCUCAGCUGGUCAUUGUGAUCAACAUCUACAGCUCAGAACACGAUAAUGUGAAUUUCAUCACUGAACGUGGAGUGAGGAAGUGUGGCACCCUCCGAUUGGAUCUCACAGGAAGUGACAAAUCCGUGUCAGGCCGGAGGGAAAUUAAAACGCUAAUGCAAUUUGGAGACACUGAGAUUAAAGCCAUGGCAAUUGACGUUGCCACUUCUAAAAGUGUAAAAGCUGGCAUUGAUUUCCUAAACUACUGAUUUUUUUUCUUCUUUUCCAUGG